UAUCUCCUGAGCGCUAACACUGUAUAUUUCAUAACAGAAAUGACCUCGUCGCCAGGAGGCACUGUUGAGAGUUUUGAGACGUACACCCAGGGAGCCGAACGAGAUGAACAGGGUACUGGGGACCUUCCAACUUAUAACGAUGUUGCCGCCCAAAGCGGUCCAAAUUCACGCUUUGGUCGCUGGAGAGGCUGGAUAGAAAAGAGAGCCGCGGAGCGUUAUGCAGACGUCACUGUCGAGGAAUUUGAGCGCAGGCGAGCUAGAGGGUGGAGUGAGGAUGAGUCUUCGCAGGUUGCUGAGGAAUAUCAAGACGACUCUAUCCCGGAGCCUCGCAGCCCAACACUUAGUGGGCCACCGCGCUUGAGAAUAAAUGCAAAUCUUCCUGCCCCUUCUCCUCCACAGGCACUUCCCGAUGAAUUACAAACUCCUGAACCAACGCUGGAGCCAUCCCUGGAGCCUUCUCUGCACAUACCAGAGGAACAUCUGUUCCCGACUCAUCUCUCAAUCUAUCAUUUUGGAUCUCGUUUUUUACCACACUCAACUGUGCCUAUCAGAUGUAUUCUUCCUCUCCAGCAUGAUCGUCUCCUGCUCGUGGGCACCGAUGUUGGGCUCUCAGUCCUUAACAUGUUCCCUGCAAAGUGGGCUGAUGAGACAAGUCCUGAUGGGGUGACCGGUCUCAUUCAGCAAGGACCCGCUGAUGCACAGGCCAGAGUAAUGUGGACAGGAGAGGCUGUUUACCAGCUGUCGCUUUUGGAGUAUGAAGACGCCGGCGAAAGUGCCCCGCAGGGGGUCGUACUUGCUUUGGUAGGUCCUGAACUUGAGGAUUCUCCAUCUUCUGGCGCGCAUCAAGAAUCCCCGCGUUCUCUCAGAAUGUAUAAACUCGCCAGUCUGACCAACCUGGCAAGGUGGGCCAUCGCGCAUCAAGACGCACAGCCUGUUGAUUUGCACAGGUUGUCAGACUGGCAUCCCCAAGAGACACCAGUAAAGAAGCAUAGACCAGCAAGUAGUAUUACGAGAGGCUUACGAAAUCUCAUCACUGAGCCCCGACGGCCCAGUUUCCUUCCAACAUCAAAUACAAAGCGCCCGUCGACACCAGCAAAUAAAGAUUCAUCUUGGGAUGUCGUCGACGACUUACCCUUGCGCUGGGCUACUGAUUUUACGUCACUCUCAUCGACUGGGUCUAGAAUGUCGAAUACGAGUGUGGUUUCCUAUGCCCUCUGGCACGAAGGUAGCACGAGCUCCACUCGCCGUGCACUGCUUGCCGUGGCGACCAAGACCAACAUAUAUUUAUACGAGACUCCGAGAGGGGAGAGGGCUUUUCAUUUCGUGAAGGAAUUUUACACGCCAUCCCAGCCACGCUCUCUUACCUUCGUUCAGCAAUGCGUACAAGACACUUUUCGAUCACCGUGUGAUGUUGGAUCUCCUCGAACGACUGUUGGGCAUGGUCAUAGCCGUGUAGCUUCCACAGACGCCUUGAACAACUCGCGUACACCCGUAGUUGCACCUGUGAACAUCACAUAUGAAGCCCAAACAGCAAUUUUUGCGAUAUUCGACAAAAGGGCUGGAAUAAUACGAGUAGCUGAUUCAGCAGUUACGGAAGUGGACAUGUUCGAGAAUGGAGGGAGCGUUAACAACCUUUCCCUUGUAUCUGGAAGUGGAUCCAGCGUGACACUGAACGCUGGAGGAUCUCUCCGAAGUCGUCAGUCUCGUGGUUCGAUGGAUUUUGCGGCUGGAAAAGAACACAAAGGCGCUUGGGUUCUACCCUCAAAGGUUGACAUUCCAACUAUACAUAUUCCUCACCUUGGCGCCUCCUACAGCAGCAUUUGUGUCCUCACGCGCGGCAAAAUCACACACAUCGUUGCUGCUCCCCUUCCCGCAUCUAUUCACUCCACGCCUCCUUUGUACAUCGUAACCUGGGACUUCCCGCUUUCGAGCGUGACUGCACGAAUGCAUUUGCCAGUGCCAGGUAGUUCACAAGAGCUUCCUGAGCCUUUCUUACAACUGAUUGGGAUGGGCGAUGAAGGCGUUGAGGCGCACGAAGUGCCUCUAUCAUAUCUUUCCGGGACUUACAAGGGUAAAGGCAAGGCACUUCCUGAGCCUCCCUUUGCGCAGAAUCCACUUGGCGAGGCUGGUUUCCUCACGGUUGGAGGACAUUGGCGCCGUUACAUCGGCGCGCCACAGUUGGAGAGAAUGAAUACCGCCAUGUCCACUAGCUCGUUUGUGAGCACUGGAACAGAAGAACUCUUAUCACGCAUGAAGGCCGAGGAAGGUUUGUAUGGGUGGUGGCGAAAGGAGUGGCAGGACUGGCGAAUCUUCUGGUUGGGAGGUGACACCAACAACAACAGUCCGGUGGAUAACUGCACAUACAUGACAACCUCUCACUGACUUGGUACUUCCGUGGACAUCUUAAUUCGGUCUAAUCACAACAGCUU